AUGGAAAGCGCAUCAAGUUCUUUACGUACGGCGCCCGCGCGUUUGCCGAGGUGGGCAAGGUCCAGAUCCUCACCUUCAUGUGCAAGCUCAUUCACAACCGACCGCCGAGUGCAGAGAUGCUCCACGAACUCGCCAUCGAAAUGCGCAACGAGCGCGAGUGAUGCGACCCCAUCCUGCGCUCGUCCUAUAUUCCAGUAG